AUGUAUAUUUUUAACCAGUCAACUCGCUGUGUUACUGGUGUGGUCAACGUAGAUCGGUUGCCUGUCCUGCUCUCAUCCCUUGUUGAUGGCACUACAAAACUUCUUGGAGUUCCAAGUUUUCUUGAUGUACUUGUUGAAAACUGGUCAGAUACUCCUUCUUUCCAAGUUGCAGCAGUGUUUAUAAAGAAUCUGGUUUGCAUCAAUGACUCUGCAGAACGGGGAGUAGCGUUGGUACAACAUUUCAAUGAAACAAUCACCAAAGACGCAGAGCAGAAACAAUUUUUGCUUCAAGUAGUUGAACAGCAUAGGAAAAACUUUGCAGAUUAUAAUCGUGAACUGCUAGCAAAAAAUGAAAAUUUUGCGCAUUAA